CGGGGAGAAGGCGCUGUGCCGCUAGCUGACGGGGCUGCUGGCCUCUGCGGCCGGGCCUCCUCCGAGUCGGCGCCAUGGCCUCGGAGGGGCCGCGGGAGCCCGCGGGCGAGGGCCUCAAGUUGUCAGCAGAUGUCAAGCCGUUUGUCCCCAAAUUUGCUGGCCUCCGUGUGGCAUGGUCAGAGUCUUCGGAGGCACGCGUGUUCCCCAGCUGUGCAGCCACGUACUAUCCGUGUGUUCAGGGGCUGCCAGUGCCCGAGCAGAAAUUCUAUACGGAAGAUAUGGCCUUUGGAGCUUCAACUUUUCCGCCUCAGUAUUUGUCUUCUGAGCUCGCUCUUCAUCCGUACACCUAUCCUCCCUACACCCUGGAGUCUACACAGAAUGUUUGCCCUGUGCCUGCCUCCCAGUACGAUUACAGCCAGCCCAAUUGUUACCAAGGUUUUCAAAGGAUGAGGCCACGAAAUGAGCACGUGUGCCCUCCCCCACAAGACACGAAAGCUCUGUUUAAGAAAAAAACAUAUGAUGAACAAAAGUUUGACAGUAAGAAGGUGGGUGGAACUAUGUCAUCCGAUAUAAAAUCAUUCAAAGGUCCACAUCGUGUGUCCAUUCAUGCUGACUCUAGCUUGAAAUCAGAUGGGUAUCAUAAACGAACAGACAGGAAAUCCAGAAUCGUCGAGAAAAGUGGAUCUGCCUCCAAACCUGAGUUUGAAUUUACCAGGUUGGAUUUUCCUGAACUGCAGGGUCCAGAGAACCGUGAGAUAUCAGAGACACAAAAGCAGCCCACGUGGGGGCCUUUAUGCCCCGCCUCGACUGACAUUUCUCUGCUAAGAGAAGUGGGGAAGCCUGCUGCGGUGGUAUCAGAGGGUGAAAUAGUGGUGACCAGUACUAAUCUGACUAAAUCUGUAAUUGAUGCUGCUGCCAGUCCCUCGUCGUGUACCAGAGAAUUAUCUUGGACACCAAUGGGUUAUGUUGUUCGGCAGACAUUAUCUGCAGAACUGUCACCAGCCCCUAAAAAUGUUACUUCCACGAUAAACCUAAAGACGCUUGCUUCAGCAGCUGAUCCUAAAAAUGCCAGGAUGUCGUCUUCUGAAGUUUUAUCUUCGGAUCCUUCCUACAAAGAGAAACAUGUUGCUCAUCAUACUAAGAAGUCCAAAGCAUCACAAGGUGGCGAUCCUGAGCAAAAUGAAGCCUCAAGAAAGAGUAAGAAAAAGAAAGAAAAGUCUAAAUCAAAAUAUGAAGUCCUGACCGUCCAAGAGCCACCAAGGAUUGAAGACGCCGAGGAGUUUCCCAAUCUGGCAGUUGCAUCUGAAAGAAGAGACAGAGUAGAGUCUCCGAAAUUUCAAUCUAAACAGCAGCCACAGAAUAAUUUUAAAAAUAGUGGAAAGAAGAGCCAAACUCCAGUACAGUUGGAUUUGGGGGGAAUGCUGACAGCACUGGAGAAGAAGCAGCACUCCCAGAAUGCAAAGCAGCCGUCCAAACCGGUGGUGUUCUCAGUCGGGGCCGUGCCAGUCCUCUCCAAAGAGGCCACGUCAGGGAAGAAGGGCCACCGCUUCAGCGAAGUGAAGACCCCGCACAACCCCCUGGACUCCAGUGCCCCCCUGAUGAAGAAGGGAAAGCAGAGGGAGGUCCCCAAAGCCAAGAAGCCAACCUCGUUGAAGAAGAUUAUUUUGAAAGAACGUCAGGAGAGAAAGCAGCAGCGUCUCCAGGAAAAUGCCAUGAGUCCAGCUUUUGCCAGUGAUGGUGCACAGGAUGCAGAGAGUGGUGGUGAUGACUGGGCCCUCGAGCAGGUGGACCCCUCAGCUCCAGAGGAGAUGGAAGAGGCGGUGUCCUCCACUCCUGUGGUGGAGAGCAAGUCAGAAGAGCCGCUGGGGGCAGAGCUCCAGAAGGAGGUGGAGGCCUGCCACCUGGCGCCUGGCAGUGCCGCCUGCCCCAGGAUCCACAGCCGGAGAUUCAGGGAUUACUGCAGCCAGAUACUCAGUAAAGAAGUGGACGCCUGUGUUACGGACCUGCUGAAAGAGCUGGUCCGUUUCCAAGACCGCAUGUACCAGAAAGAUCCAGUCAAGGCCAGGACCAAGCGCCGGCUCGUGUUGGGGCUGAGGGAGGUCCUCAAGCACCUGAAGCUCAGGAAGCUGAAGUGCAUCAUCAUCUCUCCCAACUGCGAGAAAAUCCAGUCGAAAGGUGGGCUGGAUGACACCCUGCACACCAUCAUUGAUUACGCCUGUGAGCAGAACAUUCCCUGUGUGUUUGCACUCAACCGCAAAGCUCUGGGGCGCAGUCUGAACAAAGCCGUUCCUGUCAGCGUGGUGGGGAUCUUCAGCUACGAUGGAGCCCAGGACCAGUUCCACAAGAUGGUCGAGCUGACGAUGGCGGCCCGGCAGGCGUACAGGACCAUGCUGGAGAACGUGCACCAGGAGCUGGUGGGAGAGCCUGGGCCUCAGGCGCCUGCUGGCCCGCCCACACAGGGCCCCGGCUGCUCUGCAGAAGAUGGCCCCCUGGCUCCCGCUGGGAAAGAAGAGCCACACUACAUUGAAAUCUGGAGAAGACACCUGGAGGCGUACGGUCGAUGUGCCCUGGAGCUGGAAGAGUCACUGGAGGCCUCCACCUCUCAGAUGAGAGCCCUGAAUUUAUAA